UUCAAUAGUAUCGAAAUCUAAAAGUUAGAGUGUCUAUUCAAUAACACUGCAAGAUUGCAAAUCCACUCUAUCGCUAUGACUAUGUCGGACUACGCAAUGUUUCAUCAGACGUCUGAUGUAAUACCACAUGCAAAUGUCAGUAUGUCGUGUUUACUUUUUACCUGUAUAUAAAGGAAACAGCCGCCAUCCCAGGUCACAGUUAAACCAAAAACAAAUCGAAGAAAAGACAUCGAUUUUAAAGACAAGCGAUAAAUUAACUCUGAAUUUUGUGUUACAGUAAAAAAAAGAAAAAAUGUGGGGAUUUUCUUCAUUUAGCGGCGGUCACCCUGCGAUGGGUAAUUCCUGGAUGGGACAAAGAAGGAACUGGAAAAACAAACCAGUCUUUACGGAUGAAUGGGAAAAAAUGAUCGAAAAAGGUUCUUCUCCAAAAGAUAUUUGGGAAGCACGGUACGAGGAAGUGAAUAAAAUAAAUCAAGACUUUUCAAGGAGGCACGACAUGAAAACUGAACGCGGUAAAGAGGCCAUGUCCCCCGAUAAGAACGCUGCCGUAGAACAGACGACACUUAUUUUCGGUAAAACGUAUGUGCAGGAAAUGCAGGGCCGUUGGGAAAAAUUUCAAGAAACAGGAAAACCGGCCUUGGAAUUCUGGGCGGACGAAAAGACUGCUUUUGAGAAGAACCGCCGUUUUUGGCGCUGGGGUCACCAUACCCACUACAGAGAAAGAUGUUGCAGGAGGAAGGACAAAGAAGAGUCCGCCAUGUUUAAAGAGUUUGACUUUUAGAGACGGUAAUAUUGGAUUUUUUUUUUUAUAGAAAUCAUCGACUUUGUAUGGAGGACACUUUUUCUGUUAUAUGGUGCUCAGUUCAGUAUAUGUAUGUAGAUAAAAGACGGACAUUUUGUGUGGGCAAUGUCAUUUGUUUUAGCAUUAUCAUGUUCACAGUUGUUUUAUACAAUAUUUUUUACUUGUUAAAAAUAUAUAUCUGAUGUUUACAAACAA